AUGAGAUUAAUGAUGAAGAGGGUAUUUUUCCAUGUAGACAUAAGGGCAGCUACCAUACUGUAGGUCUCUCUUUAAGCGGGUCUGUUUUUCUUUUUGUCUUGGAUCUCCACAUGAACUAGACGCCCUUCACUAAAAGGACAUAUAUGCAGAAGAUAAGAUGCUGUUUGAGAGCAAGUCGAUAAAGAAGCUGCACCAUGUCGUUGUUCGGAUAAGUUCAUUGAGAUUGGGACUGUCUUUUUUCUUUAUCAUCAUGCUAUCAGCCACCAGUUAUGGCGUCAACAGCAGCGAUAAACCAGAGCUGCAUUGUACUGUGGACAAGAAUAAGGUCCUAACUUGCCUUUGGAAUGAGCAGACUGACCUGAAUGAGAACUAUACAUUUUAUUACUGGUACGGUGGCAAGGAAUCCUCAGCUGUUAUCUGUCCACAAUACCUAGUUACCAACCAAAAAAUCAUUGGGUGUCAGAUUUCAGUUCCUGAGACCUUCAAAACCUUUAAUGUGAAGCUGAACACCUCUAUCCAAAGACUUACAACUAUAAGAACAUUUGAGAAGUUACAAGACUGGGUAAAGAUGGACCCUCCUUCAAAUCUUUCCGUGGAGAAUACCACCAGUUUGGAGCUACAUCUGACGUGGGAGCAAUCCUAUGGCUCUUUUGCACCAUACUGUAUUGAUUAUCAAGUGCAGCAUCAGAAUACAGCCAAUGACAAGUGGACGGUGAAGGACGCUUCUUCUACUUCAUUCAUCUUGCCAAGUUAUGACCCUAAACAGACAUACACAUUCCAGGUCAGAAGCCAGAUCAACACACGUUGCGGCAACUCCAAAUUUUGGAGUGACUGGAGUCAAGCAGUUACCUGGGGAAGAAACAUUACAAUUACUGAUGAACAACCAUCAACAUUUACAAAAGCAUUUGUUAUCCUCAUCGUCACUUUUCUGUUGCUGGUAGUUGUGGUUCUUGUAAUUAGGACAGAUAGGAUUUGGUUGAUUCUUGUUCCUCAAAUUCCAAAUCCUGGAAAAAAGUUUGAAGACCUUUUCACCCUUCAUGGUUACAACUUCCAGGAAUGGCUUGGUAUAUCAAAAGAAGCUGUGGAGAACUUGAAGACCAAUUAUACCGAGUCACUUUGCAUUGUCACUGAAGAUCCAGACUGUCCUGAGCUGAAUGGGAAGAAUCCUACAACCAACUCACCCACAAAGUGACUACGACUAAGGAAAAUCAGUGCAGGUCGCAGAGCUAUCUGCACACCCCUUGUUAAAAUGGCCAAUGUCCGUAUCAUCCAUAUCAGGAUUUUGAUCAUGAUUAAUUGUUUCAUUAGUAUGACAUCUGCUUCGUCACACUAGAGCAGUGAAAUGUAACAGCUAUAAGGGGAUCGCUUAUAAACUGAUGUGAUCAUUAGGUCAAUAAAAUAAUUGCUUAGAGAGUA